AUGCGGCCUACCACACUCACUCGCGUUCAAGUUGCUGGCUUGAACAGGCUAAAAGCCUACCCAAGCAAUGGAGUCACCCGGCGCUUCUUGACUAUGUUACAGCCACCGAAGUUUGUAAAUGAAAAGCCUCUUGAAUAUGGGAAGAACUCUCCCGAGAGAGCCAGACUUACCAAGGCCAUUCAAAAAAUCAAGAGUGAAUUCCCUGUCACAAUUCCAAUCAAGAUCAAUGGAUCAGAGGUUCAGACAACCCAAUCUCGAUCUCAACUCAACCCCUCCAAACACAGCGAGGUCGUGGCUAAUUAUGCUUCUGCAAACCCCGACCAAGUCAACAAAGCUAUCGACGCCGCUCUGAAGGCCAAGCCCGCAUGGGAGGCUACACCUUUUGAGGACCGGGCAGCUAUCUUUCUCCGUGCCUCUGAACUCAUCACUGGCAAAUUCCGCUAUGAUAUAGUCGCAGCAACAAUGCUUGGGCAGGGCAAGAACAUAUGGCAGGCGGAGAUUGAUGCUGCGGCCGAGACGGUUGACUUUUUUCGUCAUUACAUUCAGGAAGCAUGGGCGCUUUUUUCACAGCAGCCGAAGGUCCAGCCCGAUGGAACCUGGAAUAAAAUGGAAUACCGACCUUUGGAAGGAUUUACAUAUGCUAUCGCGCCUUUCAACUUCACUGCUCUCGGUGCCACUUUGAUUGGACCAGCAGCUUUACUGGGAAAUGUCGUUAUCUGGAAGCCAUCUGACUCUGCAUUGCAUGCGAGCUGGCUGCUUCACAAUAUCCUCAUUGAGGCUGGACUACCGAAGGAUGUGGUUCAGUUCAUCCCAGGUGAUGCGGAGGAAGUCACAAAUACAGUUCUGAAAAGACCAGAAUUCAGUGCUUUGACAUUUAUCGGUGCUACUGCUACGUUCAAGGGUAUUCAAAAGAAGAUUGGCGACGGUAUUGGUCAGGGGAUUUACAAUUCAUACCCUCGUGUGGUUGGCGAGACUGGCGGCAAGAACUGGGGAAUUGUGCACCCUACAGCCGAUGUCAGAAGUGCGGCACUGAACACAAUUCGGGCAGCCUUCGAGUACCAAGGGCAGAAGUGCUCUGCGAACUCUCGAGUCUACGUCGCUGAAUCUGUUUGGCCUGAGUUCAAAGAGGUUCUGACACAGCAAACGAACGCUCUUAAGAUUGGCAACGUUGAGAAUUAUGAGAACUUUAUCAACCCAGUUAUCCAUGAGAGAUCAUUUGAUAAGUUGGAUACCUUCAUUGUGGACGCGAAGACAGACUCUGAAUUGGAACUGAUUGUUGGUGGUAAAACUUCCAAGGGUGACGGAUACUUUGUACACCCAACAGUAUACCGCACAUCCAACCCCCACCACCGUAUCAUGUCUGAAGAGCUUUUCGGACCUGUUCUGGGAAUUUAUGUGUACCCUGACGCUGAAUGGGAACAGACUCUUAAUCUCGUGGAUACUACAUCACGCUAUGCUCUCACUGGGAGCAUUUUCGCAAAAGAUCCUUACGUGAGUCGACAGGCACAAACAAUUCUGAAGCAUGCCGCUGGUAUGCUAUACCUCAACACAAAGUGUACUGGAUCUACUGUGGCACAGCAACCAUUUGGCGGUAGUCGUGACUCGGGAACAAACGAUAAGACUGGCACUAUGGCUCAUCUUCAGAGAUUCGUCAGUACGCGGACAAUCAAGGAAGAGUUUGUUCCACUGGAAAAAGUUGAAUACCCAUCGAAUGAAGUUUAA